AUGCGGGCAUUUCAACAACAGGGUCAGUCACAUGCAGGAAAACAUAUCUGUCCAUUUUACCUUAAGAAUCGAUGCAUAUAUGGCGAUCGAUGCAUUAGUUCACACUGUUUACCAGAAAACAAGUCGUUCCAGACUUCAAAAUCUAUUCCUUGUAAAUUUUAUUUACAAGGCUAUUGUCACAAUGAAAUCAAAUGUACAUUUUCACACAAUAUAAAUGCCAAUUCAUCUCAUACCUAUCGCAGAGAUUUGAAGGAAGCCAUUGACUCAAAAUAUCCAAACAGUCAGUCAAAUAAUCUCACCAGAUGCCUAACUAACAUUGAUACUAAUAUUGUCAGUAAAACCAAUAAUAAACCAAUAUCGCCUGGUUUAACAGGUUUUUCAUUCCGUCAGACUGAGAAAGUAAUCAAAAUGCAGUCAUCUCGAUAUCGUGAAUGGGGAUAUGAAGCUUCGGAAGUUUAUAGCUCCUACGACCAACUGAGUGAAAAAGAGCUAUCUAUAUAUCGUUCAGCUGGAAAUUUUGUUCCUGGUACAAUUCCUUUAUCUUCACCGUCAGAAAAUUUAUGUACUUUUUCUUAA